AUUUCCGCAUCGCCAUGUUGACGUCGUUGUUACCCAUGGAUGUAUAAUAAGAACGUUGUUUCUCCGAAGCGAUUUGUGGAGGGGGCAUUAUCAUCAUGGAAAGGACUCGCUGACUCGGGUGAAGCUUACAUUUUAAAGCAGCAGAAAGGCAUCCUGAGACCAUGUUGGCCCGGCUGUUCAGGCUCCACGGCCUACUGGUGGCCUCCCAUCCAUGGGAGGUUAUAGUGGGCACCAUCGCUCUAACCGUCUGCCUCGUGUCUAUGAACAACUUGUCAUCCAGCAGCCAGAUAUGCAGAUGGAAUGACUGCCCGAAAGUGGAAGAGGAAAUCCACAGCAGUGACAUAAUCAUCCUAACUAUCACACGCUGCAUGGCCAUCGUUUAUAUCUAUUUCCAGUUGAAGAAUCUGCGACAACUAGGCUCCAAAUAUAUACUGGGCAUUGCAGGGUUGUUCACAGUGUUCUCCAGCUUUAUUUUCAGUACGGUGGUCAUCCACUUCUUUGGGAAAGAGCUGACAGGUCUUAAUGAAGCCUUGCCGUUCUUCCUCCUGCUCAUUGACCUGUCCAAAGCCUGCACAUUGGCCAAAUUUGCCCUCAGCUCAAACUCUCAGGAGGAGGUUAGGGAGAACAUCUCUCAGGGCAUGGCCAUCCUGGGCCCCACCUUCACCCUGGAUGCUCUGGUAGAGUGUCUGGUCAUUGGGAUUGGCACCAUGUCAGGUGUGCCUCAAUUAGAGACAAUGUGUUGUUUUGGCUGUAUGUCUGUCCUGGCCAAUUACUUUGUCUUCAUGACCUUCUUCCCUGCGUGUGUCUCCCUGGUCUUGGAGCUGUCCAGGGAAAGUCGUGAGGGACGUCCGAUCUGGCAACUGAGCCACUUUGCUUCUGUGCUGGCUGAAGAAGAGGACAACAAGCCCAAUCCUGUGACACAAAGGGUCAAAAUCAUCAUGUCUCUGAGCCUGGCUUUGGUUCAUGCUCAUACUCGGCUAGCAGCUGAGCAUCCAGGUCAAAACAGCUCUCUGGAGGGACCCAUAGCAACCAGACUGGACUCUGGUGACACAUUAUGGCCUCCUAAGCUCAACAGUAUGGACCUGGAGCAGGUGAUAACUCUCGGCCUCGCCCUGCUCCUGGCUGUGAAGUAUGUUUUCUUUGAGCAAGCAGAGACAGAGUGUUCCCUGUCCCUCAUGAGUCCAAGUAUCAGCUGUCCUCCGACCCAAAAACCCAGGGUGACGGAGGACUGCUGCAGGAGGGACUACCCAAGCACAAAACCUCAGACGACCAUGAACGGUACCUUAGCAACCAACCCUGCCUUGCCAGCCGUGUCAGACGCUAACACAGCGUUCAGGGAGAAAGUGGAGAACGUCCCCUGCGUUUCAUGCUUUGGGGAGUCUCCUGCUCCGACACCUUGUGUUCCUCAAAGCAGCUGUAAUUCAGAGGCCCGGACGCUGGACGAAUGUAUGAGUAUCCUCUCAGAUCCACAGAAGGGUGCCCGUUUUCUGAGCGAUGAAGAGGUGAUGAACCUGGUGACCUCUCGAAACAUCCUGAACUAUAAACUGGAAUCUGUUCUGGAGACUCCAGAGAGGGGCGUGGCCAUCAGGAGGGAAAUGCUUUCAUCCAAACUGCCUGUUCUCUCUGCUUUGACUUCUCUGCCUUAUAAGGACUACGACUAUUCUAAGGUGAUGGGCACCUGCUGUGAGAACGUCAUUGGCUACAUGCCGGUGCCAGUGGGAGUGGCUGGUCCUCUUCUUUUGGACGAGAAGCAGUACAUUCCCAUGGCGACCACAGAGGGCUGUCUGGUGGCCAGCACUAACAGAGGAUGCAGGGCGCUUUCUCUGAGCGGGGGUUGCCGCAGCAGCAUCCUGGCUGACAGUAUGACCCGGGCUCCUGUGGUGAGGCUGCCCUCAGCAUGCCGCGCCGCAGAGGUCAAAGUGUGGCUGGAGACCCCGGAUGGGUUCGCCCUGAUCAAAGAGGCGUUCGACCAGACCAGCAGGUUUGCUCGUCUGGAGAAGCUUCUGGUGAGCUUAGCAGGGAGAAACUUAUACAUUCGCUUCCAGUCUCAGACCGGAGACGCCAUGGGCAUGAACAUGCUCUCAAAGGGGACGGAGCAGGCUCUGCAAAUACUCCGGCAGCAGUAUCCAGAUGUGGAUGUGCUGUCGAUCAGUGGCAACUAUUGCACUGACAAGAAGUCUGCUGCCAUUAACUGGAUCCUGGGUCGGGGAAAGUCUGCUGUGUGUGACGCCACCAUACCAGCCAAGGUGGUCAGGGAGGUGUUGAAGACCAGCACAGCCUCUCUGGUGGAGCUGAACAUCAACAAGAACUUGGUGGGCUCGGCCAUGGCGGGCAGCAUCGGGGGCUUCAAUGCUCAUGCUGCCAACAUCGUAGCUGCCAUCUACAUCGCCUGUGGACAGGACCCGGCUCAGACCGUGGGGAGCUCCAACUGCAUCACCCAGAUGGAGGGGGCCGGCCCGGAGAGGGAGGACCUGUACAUCAGCUGCACCAUGCCUUCCAUAGAGCUGGGCACUGUAGGGGGGGGCACCAACCUGGCCCCCCAGCAGGCCUGCCUCCAGAUGCUCGGUGUCCAGGGGACCAGCCCCAGCCGGCCCGGGGAUAACGCCCGUCAGCUGGCCCGCGUGGUCUGUGCCACGGUCCUGGCCGGGGAGCUGUCUCUGAUGGCCGCUCUCGCUGCUGGACACCUCGUCAAGAGCCACAUGGCCCACAACAGAUCUAAAACAAACCAGUCAGAAAUGCCUUCAUCAGAAUCAGAAAGCUGCGUGACAAAGAAUUCAGAGGGUCCCUCUUCAGAGUCAUAUUGAAGGAGCGCUCCAGCCAACAGAGGGAAGCUUCACGGUGAAAAGAGAGGAUAGAAUUGUCUCCUAAUGACGUGACUCUGAAAGGAGUGGACAUAAAGACUGAUACAGGAAACAUGCUAACCCCACAGCCAACGUGUGCUUGCUUUGCGUGUCGCACCACUGUGUGCAUAAAGACUUUUUCAGGUAUUAUGUUGAGGUUAUUUAUUUGUGCCAUGUGUCUGCAACUGAGCAUUGCAGUGUGUGUGAGUGUGUUGUUACUGAUCUUUAAGAAAAUUGUGAAUUAUUGAAUGGCUUUGAAUUGCUGCCCAAUUUAUUGAACGCUUUCUGUGCCUCUUUAGAGUCUUAAGGCCAAAUUCAUUCAUACGACGACAAAACUUGCACCUUGAUUAUUUUAUUUAUUUGAAAUGCAGAAUGUGAGAUCUUCAAACUGCUAUACCAUAUUUUGGUCUUUGCGUGAGAUGAUGCCAUCACCGCUUUAGGUGACAUCUGUUAAAUGCCAACUUUCCCCCUGAAUGUAUGUGUUACUAAAGCAGUGUUCUCUUGCACAACCCUUACGGAUUCAGGGUGCUGCUGUGUAUUCUGUGGAACGGAAAUGGCUGCUAGUUCCGGAGAGGAAAGAGAUCACAUGGUUUUUCGUCUGUGGGAAAAUGAUACAGGCAUUGUUUCUUUGUGUUAAGACGAAAAGGAUGACUGGAAAGAUUAAAGCCAUAUUAACUAAUUGAAUGGUACACUAUUACGUACAGAAGGUGAUACUGACAGUGACUGCAGCUCCUGGUUUUGUCCCGUUUGGAAAGCAAGUGCAAACGUGGCCUUACAGUUUGUCUCGGAGAAGCCAUAGCAUGUUCUAGAUAGAAUAUUCUAAGCUAUUUUUUUUUUAUUUAAUAAAUGAUUUAUAUCAAG